AUGGAAGGCGGCGGCGGCGGACCGAGGGGCGUGGAGCUGCUGGACGGCGCGCGGCGCAGGAUCGCCGGCCCGGCCUCCUGCUGGGGCGAGGCGUACCGCGGCCUCUUCGCCAGCUGCGCCCACAUCAUGGCGGACAAGGAGCGCCAGUCGAGGCUCGCGUGGCGCCUCAGCGCCUGCUACCAGCAGGACUCCGGCCGCCCGCCGCUGCCGCCCUGCGACGACCGCUCGCGCAUGGUGCACUGCCGCAAGCGCCUCUCCGAGCACGAGGAGAAGGUCUUCCUCGAGUUCUUCCUCGAGACCAACACCCUCUGCCACCAGCUCCAGGCGGAAGCGUUCAAGCAGAGCACGGAGCGGCUGGUGAACGACCUGACCCGGGCGGCAGCGGCGGCGAGCGAGAAGCUGUCGGCGAUCGAGGAGAGGUCGGACCAGAUCAUGCAGGAGUCGAGCAAGCUCCAGGGCUCCAUGUCGUCGAUCGUGUCGCAGACCGAGAACCUGGCCGCCGCGGAGGAGUACGCGCGGCUGGGCGAGGAGAUGGUGAGGCUGAAGGAGGAGGCGGCGGGGAUCGAGCGGGAGGUCAGGGCCGUCGGCGACGCCAUGGCGGCGCGGAUGGAGGGCCUGCAGCGCACCGCGGAGGAGAUCGGGACCGCCGCCGGGCAGUCGCUGGAGAACCAGCGGGAGCUGCUGGAGGGGCAGGCGAACGCGACGCGGGCGCUCGGGGAGCUCCACGGCUUCCUGAGCCGGGCGCUGGAGGAGAGCAGGGAGGCGAUGCAGAGGCUGGCGCGGUUCGGGCGGCAGCAGCAGGAGGAGCUGCUGUCCCGGCAGGAGCAGCUCCGGCGCGCCCACGACCUCCUCAUGCGCAACUCGGAGUCGAUCCUCCAGGCCCAGGAGGAGUUCAGCGCGAAGCAGGCCAGCAUCUUCGCGGCGCUGGACAAGCUCUACGUGCUCCACUCGCGCUUCAUCAAGGCCUUCGUCUUCUACAGCUGCGUCGUCUUCCUCCUCUACCUCCUCACCAGCGCCAAGCAGACCUUCGCCAUUAGAGGCCAGCUCUACUUCGGUCUGUGCAUCACGCUCGUGGUGGAGGUCGCGCUCAUCAGGCUGGGGGGCGCCGACGACGACCUCAGCAGGCCGUUCUGGGUCGUGUCCAAGGUGCUGCUGCUCCGGUCGGCGUUCCUCGCCGCCGCCGCCGCCCAGAUCCUGCACGCCAUCUUCGCCUUCAAGGAUUACGAGGUGCUGAACCAUGAGCUGCUCCAGACGCUGGUGGAGAAAGUCCGGGCGAUCGAAGACAACGCCGCCGGAGACAAGAUGUGUCCAUGGGGGACAGGCAGUGAUGAUGAAAGUAGCCUCAGCGACUACUCGUGGGUCUUCGACGAGCUGCAGGACGACGUCGACAGCGAAGUCGACCCGGACUUCGUGCUCCGGGAAGAUGACAUCUGCAGGAAGGGCCACGGUUUCCGGGAAGAAAUCGGCGAAAACUCACUCUCAGCGCCGAUCGCCAUGAGGAGAUACAACCUUCGGGCACGCAUUACCCCACGGUGA